AUGAAAGAUGCGCAAUUGAUCAAAACAUCAAGUCUCGAUUUGUGGGCAAAUACAGCUUUUCGAAUAUUCUUGCACGUUUUGCUAUGAUCAAUCACAAAUGAUCGAGGAGAACGUAAUGAUAUUAUUUGCGUUCCACAAUUGAUCGCAUUAAUUGCUUUCCUUUGUGAGAUUGCUGAGCAUCAAAGUCGUUUAUCAUUAUCGGAAUUUCUUCAUUUAAAUAGUACAGCAACAUUACCACAUCAGUUAGUACGAGUGGCAGAAUAUAUUCGAAAUUGGGAAUUAUUUGUUGAAGCUGCUGUUAAACCUGGAAGUUUCAACUGGAAUCGGCGUUUGUUAAUACAUCCAUUACAUACCAAAAGUUACGGUUUUGAAACAUUUAUGGCACUGAAAUAUCUCGGGAUUGAGCUUAAAAUCUACGAUGAGAAAACAGGACGCGCGGAGUUAGUAGCAUGGCUUCGAAGGACAUGCAAGACUGAAGAAGGAGAAGCACGCUGUCCAAUUUUUUUAUGGAAAAAAGCUGAAACGAAAGCAUCAGAUGUUCAAGAGUUAAACAACCAGAAAUGUCCAAUACUUAUUCUUGCAUCGCACUUUUAUAUUCCAAUGUCCACUAAUAUUCUCGAUACACAUAAUAUAUUUUACACAACAUUUAAGGGUAAAAAGCUGAAAGAAGUGUUAGCUUGCCGAUAUUCGUGUCGCGAUUUCCCACCAUUUCGUUGUUUGCAAGUUCAAAAAAGUUUACUUAUCACAUUGCCAACAUAUUCUGAUGACAUUGCUGCCUAUUGUAUAUCAAAUGCGGAUGAUUCAGAUAUGGCAAAAGAUCCUAAUUCGCUUAUAAAUAUGAUAACAUUCAUGAGAAGUGGCACAGAAACGGAAUCGGUCAAAAUUCUUCAUGAACUAUACGUCCCACUCUUUCAUGGAUUACCCAACAGAACAACUAAUCUUGCUGAUGCGUUGUGUAAGACAAUACCGCACAUCGACAAGUUAUUCCAGCCUGACGGAUUCGGUGACUUAGGAACAUUAGAACAUGAACCAUCCUAUAUCGUUGGGCCACGCUUAACUACAAGUAUACAAAAUAUUGACCGUCUAGAAGUUAUGCACACUCCUGGUCCUGAUGAAAUUGAGGUGGUGAAGCAAAUCCCAUCAUCUGUUGACAAAAUGUCCAUCCUUGAUAUGCCUUUUCUUGUCAUCAUUUGGGACAAUAGUAGAAAUAUACCGCUCUACAUUGCACGUAUUGCCGAUCCCGUACCAAAGACUACAAGCAUGCAAGUUGAUGUUACUGAAGAAAUGAUGUCAGCUAAUUAUUCCAAAAAAUUCUUCUGGAAAUUGUUGAAUCCAAUGCGCCAUAUAUUUAGAUUUGGCAAUAAUAAAGGCAAUUUGGAUGGACGUGAAACUGCAGCCAAUUUACAAUAA